UGGGCUUGAUGACCUUGUGUGAGUGAGUGAGUGUGUGUGUGUGUGUGUGUGUGUGUGUGUGUGUGUGUGUAGGACUCCCGGGAGCAGAGCCCAGCGGUGUGCAGGUGAGCCUUGUGCACCCCUCCUCCCACACUUGGCACGGACCUGGACCUCCAGGACAGGGUAUCCAUAGAUGACCUCAGAAAGGGAGGAAAGAUGACUAUGAAGCCCGACCAGUACUCUUCUUGGAUCUUCGUCAAUGAGAGGACAUUCCUUACUGGGGAACAACUUAAUUCUUUAUUGAAGAACUAUAACAGUUUUUAUGCAAAUCAGGAAAAUCUGCAUAUUUCAUAUGUACAGACUGAAGAUGGUAAACUAAUUGUUGAAGGAAUGUUGGACAUUUUCUGGGGAGUAAAACGGCCUAUACAGCUGAAAAUACAAGAUGAGAAGCAAAUCCCUUCUUUUACUGAGAAAUCACCAGAUGUCUUUUCCAAAAUGGGAAUGACACGCUGGGGAGAAUUUGAUGAUCUUUAUCAUAUUAGUGAACUGGACAGGACUGAGAUUCCAGUGUCUGAAGCAAUGAAUUCCCAGGAAGAUUAUUUAUCUUAUCACAGCAGCACUCUGAAGCCUCAUGCAGAUGCAGAGCCAGAAUCUCCAUUGCUCUAUAGAACCAUGAGUGAAGCAACCCUGGUGAGAAAAAGGAUGAAGCCUCCAAUGAUGGACAGAAAAGACAGACAGAAACAUAGAGCCUCUAUUAAUGGACACUUUUAUAACCAUGAAACAUCAAUUUUCACUCCAGCCUUUGAAUCAGAAACUAAGGUCAGAAUAAACAGUAACAUGAACACUGAAGAGGUAAUAAAGCAACUUCUUAAAAAAUUUAAGAUUGAAAACAGCGCCCAGGAUUUUGCACUUUACAUUAUUUUUGCAACAGGAGAAAGGAGACGGCUAAAGAAGACAGACAUUCCACUACUGCACAGGCUCCUGCAGGGACCCUCCAAAAAGAACGCCCGCAUUUUCCUCAUGGAUAAAGAUACAGAAGAAAUUAGCAGUGAUGUGGCUCAAUACAUUAACUUUCAUUUUUCUCUCCUGGAAUCCAUCCUUCAGAGAUUAAAUGAAGAAGAGAAAAGAGAGAUUCAAAGAAUAAUAACAAAAUUCAGUACAGAAAAGGCUAUUAUACUGAAAUGUCUUCAAAGUAAACAGGUAGUAAAAACAGAGACGACAGUUUAGUGGCCGCUAUUGCUAAAACACUUCAACAAAAUCAGAGAGAUGUUACUAUUUAAUGAGUGUAUCCACCCUAUACUUGCAGUCAUGCAAAUAUAUAUGAACUCAAAUUUGUAGAAAAUUGAAUGUUGAAAAAGCUUGUCUCUCUCAGAGGUGAUGAUGUUCACAGUGGGACUGAAAUGAGCUUGAAUUUAGUUUCAGUAGCUGAAAUAAGCUUGGAUACUGUGUAUUCCAAAUAGCUUUAAGAGAGAAACAAUGAACUGGAAUUUAAAUGGCGUCUUCAACUUCACGUAGUUUAAAUGCCAUUUAGCUUGAACUGUCAAGAGAACUGGAAUAUCAACAACCAACUCUCAGAAAUGAUUCAGAAGUCAAAGCUGCCAGCUCAUGAAAUAAAAGAGAAGCAUAUACUUACCCCCAUCAAGAAAUCUGAUGGUGAUAGUCUUAUAGCUCCUUGAAAACUCUAAUAUUUUCAUAAAAUCUAGGGCUGUCUUUAUGUGGGUAGGUGACUUUUGGCAACCUGAAGCAUCAGAGCUAUAAAUCCUUUGGGAAGGAAAGGAUUGUGGACUCUUAAGACUAAUUUUCUCAACCUGAGCCCCCUUUUUUGCUGUUUUACUGAUGACUUUCUUAAGGAUGUUUUUAGGUCAAUUGAACUAGUUUUCUUUAUUUUUCCAAACAUAUAAACCACAGAGACUUCACAUGGUUAAUGAGCUUGGCCAAGACUUGGCCCACAGUAACCAUUGUUACUGAAUGAAAUAGAGAUACAAAGGGAUAUGCAAAGCUCUAAUAGCUGAAUCUAGGAAAGGAAUCUGGAGUUCUGCUCUUUUUCUCUAAGGCAUCUCAUUCUAUAAAACAGUGCUCACGGUAUUUACAAGUUGCUAAACCAAUUUGGAAAAAAACACAAAACACUGAGAAUGGCACAGUCUCAUCGGUGUUUUUAUUUAUGAACUUUAUAUUAAAAUGGAGUUCUAUGCAGCUUUUUUUCCAUUCUGGAAAUUACUUCCAUUUGCAUUUCUCAUAUCCAUUGUAUUAAAUUGUUUGGGUUGCGAGCUUGAUCCCCAGUAGGGGACGUGCAGGAGGCAGCCGAUCAAUGAUUCU